AUGUCGGAUAACAAGUCCGUUGCCCCUGUGGCAGUGUCAGACACUACUUCGGAUCUGGAUAAGAACGCCAAAGACACAACCCCAGUAAACGCUGCAGAGGCAAUCCCCGAUAAAUCCCCUUCUCGGUGGCGGAAGAUUGUCGGUCUUGUAUGGGACUCUGUUGACGGAGAUCCAGAGUAUCUGAAAUACGUUCAAAGGCUCGAUACUUUCUUCUUCGGCAUGCAGAGUGAUCUGGGCCUCUAUGGAAAUGAGCGCAACUGGCUGAAUACCUGGUUCAGUCUGGGUAUUAUGGUCGGCAGUGUUCCAGCUCAGAUGUCACAACUCAGUUUCAUCCGCCCCUCGGUUCUCAUUCCAUCGUGCGAGGUUAUCUGGUCGCUGCUUGUCAUCGGCAUGGGGUUUUCCAAGAAUAUCAAGACGAUGUACGCGUUGCGUUUCUUUAUCGGCCUGUUCGAGGCCUGUGCUUUCCCAGGAUACAUCGCUAUGUUGGGUGGCUGGUACGGCCCAAAAGAGCUCACUAAACGCCUAGCCAUACUACUGCAAGUCGAGUCCAUUGCCAGUAUGUUCAGCGGUUACUUGCAAGCAGGGCUGUACACCAGCAUGGAUGGUCGUCAUGGAAUUGCAGGUUGGAGAUGGCUGUUCAUCAUGGACGCGGUCAUCUCGCUUCCAAUUGCUUUCUGGGGCUUCUUUGGAUUGCCUGACCUGCCUCAUAACACGAAAGCGUUCUACUGGUCAGCCGAGCAUGUCAAAUAUGGUAUCGAUAGGAUUGAGAAGUUUGGGCAGAAGGCUCAGCAAAAGUUGACAUGGAAGGAGGCCAAGCGCAUUUACCUCGGUUGGGAGAUCUGGGUAUUCGUUGUGCCAUACACUAUGGUCGCGGCGUGUCACACAGCCACCAGCUAUUUCAACCUCUGGCUGAAGUCUGCUGGCUACAGUGUUGUAGAUGCAAACAUCUAUCCCACCGGCGGCAGUGCUCUGAACAUCGUUGCCACAGUCAUCUGGGGCAUAAUCGCAGACCGAACCGGACAGAACUAUACAAUGAUUGUUAUCGUUCAGGCUCUGAUGAUUUUGUCCAACAUCCUGCUUUCAGUGUGGUAUAUCCCCAAGGGAGCGUUGAUGUUUGCGUACUACCUUUCGUAUGCUGGAUCCGCAGCAACUCCGGUCCUCAUUAGCUGGGCCAAUGGACUCAACGCGGGUGAUCCUAGUCUCAGACAACUGCUUGUGGCCACUGCUAAUGUCGUCUCAUAUGCUUGGGUUCUUUGGGUACCAUUGGUUCUAUUUCCCACUUAUGAUGCGCCAAAGUACAAGUACGGCUAUCAAGUUCUCAUACUUUUCGGAGGUCUUGCAAUCAUCAGCGUCUCACUCAUGUGGUACAUGUACAGGCGAAGAGAGUAA